UCCAUCUGUGAUUCUCCUUUUGCAGGUCAGGGGACGGUACCUCAUGGUGUAUGCUCAGGGCAGCUGUCUGUUGCUGCCUCUCAUCCCUAGCUGGUAUCGGGACAAUUGCUGCCACAUUUGUUUCUCGUUCAGGACCUGUUUUAAAGAAGGGAUGGCACACAUCUUCUGAGGGCAGGGGAAGAUUGCUUCUCAACAUGUUUUCAGAAAACAUUUAUAUUAACACAAACUUCAAAAAUAAAUUCGAUUCCUCAGACCUCAAUGCAGACUCUCCUCCAGUUCCUCAAAAGAAGACCACAACUCAUGAAAGCUGUCACAGAUUCUCCAAGGUCCUCCUCACCUCAUUCACAGUCUAUUUCCUGCUGUUGACAACCUUAUUCUCUGUUGCUCUGAUCUCUUUGUUUCAAAAAUAUUCUCAGCUUCUUGAUGAGAAAGCACUCAUAAAAGAACUGAAUUACACCAAACUAGAGUGUAGAAAACAGCAUUCAUUCUUUAAAG